UUUCUCAACAUCUCCCAUAAUUCCCUCAGCCGGUUCAACAGCGACGUCUUCAGAGGGGCGUUCAGUCUGCUGCAGCUGGAUCUCUCGGCUAAUUUUCUACAAGAGUUUCCCACCGACGCGCUCAGGCACUUAACGGACCUGAAAUUCCUGAAUAUCUCCAACAACCUGAUCACCGAAAUAGAACGGAUACAGUUGUCAGGCUUGACCGAGCUGCAAGUAUUAGAUCUCAGCCGGAACGACAUAGGCCGGCUUGGGGUCAACACGUUCUCCAGCCUUUCCGCUCUCACGAGACUGGAUCUGAGCCUGAACGCCCUGCGCACGAUCGAAGAAUCGUCUUUCGAGGGCUUGACGAAGCUGAAAUGGCUGUCGCUGCAAGACAACAACAUCCUCUUAGUGCCCGCUUCGGCGCUCACGCGAUUACCGUCCCUCGCCCACCUGCACGUGCAAUUCAACCGCAUCGCCGCGCUCUCCACGGAGCUGAUCCGCGCCACAUCGGCGAAGCUCGUGACCCUCGGCCUGACGCGCAAUCUCGUGCGCGAGAUCCCGCCGCGGCUGUUCUACAGCUUCGAGAAUCUCAUCAGCAUCGAGCUGUCCGGCAACAUGCUGUCCGCCAUCACGCCGAGCACGUUCGCCGGCCUGGAAGACACCUUGAUUCACUUGGACGUGUCUUACAAUCGCCUGACCGCGAUCGCCGAGCUGCCGUUGCGAAAUCUGCUGUCGCUGAAUCUCGCGGGCAAUCAGCUGAAACGCGUCUCGCCGGAGACCUUCAAGUACCUGCAUCGGCUGCAAUAUCUGAAUCUCAGCAGCAAUCCGCUGUACGGCGGCUUUCCGCCGAUAUUCCCUUCGUCCUUGAUCGAUCUCGACGUGUCGCGCACGGAGCUGAAGAUUCUGCCGACCGUGCUGCUGCUGAAUCUCGAGUCGCUCGAGCGGGUCUCCUUCGCCGGCAACCAGCUGCGGGAGAUCGACGAGGGUGCUUUCGAGCAUCUCUACAAUCUAACGGCGAUCGAUCUCUCGUACAACGCCAUCGAGCGCAUCGAUAACGGCGCUUUUGUAGGUUUGAUUAAUCUUUACUCGUUGAAUCUGCGCGGCAACAAGCUCGCGUCGUUCAUCGGCGAGCACUUCAACACCGGCACCGGCCUGGAGAUUCUGAAUUUGUCCAACAAUCGCAUCAGCCAGCUGUCGCCGACCGCCUUCGUCAUCCAUCCGCGACUCAGACGGCUUGAUCUUUCGGGCAAUCGAUUCGCCCAGUUUCCCAGCGACUUUGUUAAGUCGCUGCAGUUCCUCGAGUGGCUGGAUUUGUCUGGGAAUAUGCUGCGCCACGUGAGCGAGUUCGCCUUCUCGCAGAUGGGCAGACUGCGCAAUCUGGAUCUGUCAAACAACAGAAUCGAAUCAGUGGAUGAGCUAGCUUUCCACAACUCCACGCAGCUCCAGUUGCUCGACUUGUCCGACAAUGCCUUGGAGACGCUCAGCGAGCGCACGAUGGAGGGUCUGCUCCGAUUAGAAUUUCUCGAUCUGCGCGACAAUCGACUGGCUUCCCUACCGGAGACCAUCUUCGAUGCGUCCAGGAUCCGCGCGGUUGAAAGGAUCGACUUGUCCGGCAAUCGCUUCAACGAGAUACCGAUCCGCGCUCUGCAACGGCAAUCGGCGUCGUUGUACAGUUUAAAAAUCGCUCGCAACCGAAUGGUGGAGGUGUUCACGCAGGAUAUCGUCAACAACGUGAAGGAGCUCGAUCUGUCCGAGAAUCCGUUGAGCGAGAACGCGAUACGCGGCAUCCUGGGCGAGGCGAAGAUCCUGCGAACCCUGAAUCUCGCCGGUACGAAUAUCAAGACCAUCCCGCGAUUGGAGACGCCGUUCCUCAAACACCUGAAUCUCUCGGGCAACGCGAUCGCGGACAUCAAACCGGUCACCCUGGAGCGCACGACGAUGCUGGAGAGCCUGGACGUGUCGCGGAAUCGCCUGGCGGACUUCACGAAUCUGAUCAGCACUUUCAAAAUUCUGCCGGUGCUGCAGAGUCUCGACGUGUCCGACAACGAGGUGAAGACCGUCAACGAGAGCAGCUUCGACGGACUGAACGCGCUGCGCUCUCUGCGAAUGUCGAAUCUGCCCAACUGCACGCGAAUCGAGCGGAACGCGUUCCGAUCGCUGGCGCUACUGAGAUCCCUGCGCGCCCACAACUACCCCAAGCUGGGCUACUUCGACGUGCAAGGCAUCCUCAAGAGCAUGACGAAUCUGGAGACGCUGGACAUCGAGAUCAAGGAUUCGUCGGUGGGCAACGAGCAGCUGUCGGUGCGCACUCAUCCCCGUCUGCGUGAGCUGACGUUGCGCGGCGAGAGAUUGCGAAGCGUCCUCUCGAGCUCGCUGGUCGGCGUGCGCGGAGCCAAGCUAUUCCUGGGCUUGCGAAACACGUCCGUCGACGCGAUACCGACCGCCCUCUUCUUCCCGGUGCCGCGCUCCACCAGAGUCGAGCUGGACGUCGCCGGCAGCAAGUUCACGAAUCUGCCAGCUCAGCUGCUGGCCGCCCUCGACGAACGCGGCGGUUCCGUGAGGAUCAGCGGCCUGGACAGCAAUCCGAUCAACUGCAGCUGCGAGACGAAGCAUCUGUGGAGGUGGCUCAAGCUGUCGGCCGACAAGGCGCCCGUCGUCGUCUGCGCCAAGCCCGAACACCUGGCCGGCAUGGUCCUCGGCAAUCUCACGGAGGACCAUCUCUCGUGCGACCGCACGACACCAGCGAGGCCGCAGACGACGGAGGCCACCCCGUCGACGAGAUCCACCACGCCUGAGCCGGAAAUCAUCUGGACCGUGGCGCCGACACUGCAGAACAGUCGCAAUAAACUCUACAACAGUGACAUUCACACAAGUAUGUCGACGAUCACCGUCUCGAGCGACGACACCCUGAUCAUCGGCAUCGUCGGCAGCGUGGUGGCGUUCAUCGCGAUCAUCGUCAUCGCGAUCUGCAUCUGCCGGCUGCGCUGGAGCAGCCAGAUGCAGGAGGCGCGGAUGGCGGCGAUGGCGACGUCCAGCAUCCACGAGGCGUCGAUGAUCCGGCCGGCGAGCGCUUAUUCGGGCAAGAUCAAUCCUCACGAUCUGUACGUGAGCUCGUACAACGGCUCGACCCUGGGACGCGGCAACGGUUCCCUGCCGCCGGCCACCCCCGUGCAGAUGCUGCCCUACGUGCAACCGAUGCACGUGAUGCACGCCAUGGGUCCGCCCCCGCCCCCGUCGUCGUCCUCGCAGAUCUACGGAUAUUACGACGGCACUCCGCUGCCCGUCUACGUCGCGGAGAACAAGAUGGACAGAUAAUCGAUAGCCCGAUCGAUCCCCGGACAUGCCAAAUGCCGGACGAGAAGUGUGUCGCAAAGAUGCGUGGAGAUUUGUGAAAAAUAUCGUGGAUUUGUAUGAAUUUAGUUUGCGCAAAUUUUCAUGUAGAAAUCUGCAGUAAUUUAUUGAAAUUCUAAACUCUUUUUACAAGUUCUUCGGCUGUCUUUUGGGCUUUUGUAUUCGUGCAGUCGAAUAUUGUGCAAUAUACCUCACUGAGCAGGCGACGGCGGUUUGACUUUGACGUGUUUUGGGUGAUAAUUGCAGAGCAAGUAUGAUGCGAAAGGUCUGAAAUAACAGAAAUUAUAUUAAGAAAUUAAAAUAAACAACCAGGUACCCGAAUACUCAUGUUUUUCAGAUUUCCAAGACAGAAUAUGUUGGUUUAAGAGCAGAGUAACCAAACAAGUCUUCUAGAAAGAUAAUUUUUCUUUAUAAAUUUAAUUAUUUUUUAAUUCGUAGAGUAAUUAAAUUUAUAAAAUUAAAUAUUCUACGGUUAAAUAUAAUUAUCUUGUAAUUUUAUACCGUUACAUUGGCAUUAUUACGUAAUAUACGCAUUAUACAACUAUAUUAAUCAAGAAUUUAUGUACAUACAUACCUCACUUCGGUAUCAGGAAUAAACGUACAAAAAUGUUGCGCGAAUCUGCAAAGUGUGUAAGUAUGCAAAUGUAUGGAAAUGUACUGGAGAAAGUAGUAUAAUCAGUUUGUUGGUGCGAAUGAAUGAACGAAUUAGAGUGUGCAACACGUGUGUAUAAAAAUUCGGUGCUUAAUAUAUAUCAAACGAGUCUAUUUCUUACAGAUCACUCGAUCUUCACAUAGUAUUGGCAUAGGGUUUAACCAGGACACCAUAUUGUGUACAUAUAUUUUAUAAACAAUAUUUAAUAGAUCUUUUAAUAUAAUAGAGAUAUGCGUGUGUGUAAUAUAACAAACUCUACAAGUUUCGCUAUGAAUGUAACUGACUUCACGAAUCUUUGACUUUAAUAAAUGUUGUAUUUUCAAUUUUACAAAAUAUAUUUCUUCAUUAUUCUUAGUUACAUUAAAACCAAUAAUCGAUGGAUUGUAAGCGCUGCAUAUAAUUGAAAACAAUUCCGCAUCUUUUCGUGUUUCUAAAAGACGUCUAAUGAUUAAAGAAUUAUACAAACGUGAAGCAAAAGUUAAUUAACUACAAGCAGUCGGCUUUCCAAUAAACCGACAUAGCAAGUUCAGCCGUAAUCGAUUGAUUUCAUCGAUUUUAAAUGCUGCAGCAAGAACUGUUCAAACGUAUCAUUUUUCUUAAUUCACCACUGUGUAUAUUCCCAUCCGAUGUCGAUAAUUUAGAUCAAAGAUAUUUUUACGCGUGACGUUACUGUAUAAAAGCAACAAUAAAGUGGCAAAAUUUAUACGAAAUGUGAGGCUGUUAGAGCCAAAAACCGCUUGUGUAUUUAUAACAACUUUUUAUUUACACAUAUGGCAGAUUAUAAGAUAUAGUUCUUAGGUAUAAGAUAUUGUUCUUUGUAAUAUAUCCAUCACACUACAAUAAUAAAUUACCUGGGUUAAUU